UGUACCAUGGUGAAAAUCAGAAGCAGGUAUCAAUCCGAACAAUUCCUCAGAGCACGCCCCAUGAUAAAUUCGGUAGAAGAUACACAGAUGCAAUAUCUCUGCGCAAUUUCAGUGGGUUGAGUCGGACAGUAAGGCGCCAAUCGUUAGCAAUUCGAGUUAGUACUGUGGCGCUCCUGCCCACAGGUGAGAACAGUAUUCCAUGUAUGGCCUCACUUGAGCUUUAUACAGUUUCAGGCGGUGUUCCGGCGUGACAUACCGUUUCUAUUGAGCACCCCCAACUUUUUGGAAGCUAACUUAGCUUUCUCCUCCAGAUGACCGCAAAACUGGACGUCGCUAGAUAUAUCGACGCCAAGAAUCCCCAGACACGACCUAUUAUCGAGGGAAGUGCCCUGAAAGUGAGGAGAUACGACUAAAGACAUGGGCGGUAUCAUGGGCGUUACAGUGGACUCUAUUAUGUCUAUGUUGAUAUGCGCCUGGUGUUUCCUGUUGGCGGUGACCAGCGCUCAGGACAGUGACUACUACGAACCGCAGACGUUCAAACAGCAUAUAGAAGGAUACCAGAAAGGGUUGUUCACGCCAGCGAGUCCAAACGACGUCUCCCCGCAGAGCACUAUCGUCGAGAGCUGGAGACCGAAGCCGGGUUCCAGUUUUGAAUCAUGGCCUGGUCCUAUACAGCAACGCCAGUCCCCUACGCCGACGCCGGUGUUACCCCGGCCUGAGCCCUGGAGGUUGCCGUACUCCCUCACUAAGGAGCAGCAGGCGAAUAUUCUCCACCACAAGCAAGCGCUAAGUUCAGAGGGCAGUUUCCGUUUCGAGUACGCGUCUGACAACGGGCUGGCUGCGGGUGAGGUUAUAGAACCGGACGGCUCUAGGGUUGGCUCUUAUCAAUACAAGGAUCCGAGUGGACAAAUUGUCAAGCUAAAAUACAAAGCGGGAAAGGACGGUUUCCAGAUUCUGGAAGGAAGCCACCUCCCUAAAAGUCCAGAACCGGUCGCUCCAGUUAAUCAAGCAGGGCAUUACUACCAAGAAGCGUAUGAACAGCAAAGAAGGCAGUAUGACCUUCAACAACAGUACAAUCAACAGAAGCCUGAACCUUACAACGCCUGGAGACAAAAUCAGAUCCAGGAGGGUAGUCAGAGACCAUCCGGCGGUGCGCAGUUUGUUCAAACAUGGCGGCCGAAUGAGUCUGAAGAUGACGGACAGUAUCGCGAAAACGACGUGGAGAACAAGGGACCACACAAUUUUGGUGAAGGAUACGCCUUCGCAUUCCAAGGAUGAUUAUUGUUUAUUUUCUAUUAAAUAAUUGAAUAAUGUAUUAAAGUAAAAUUAUAUUGAAUAAUAA